AUGCCGAGCUGGGGCAGGAAAGAAAGCUAUGAGGUCUCUUCAAAAGAGCAGAAGCAGAUCCUCGCCGAUAUCCAAUCCGGCUCUCAAAAGUUUAGCAGACGGCUCCUCCCAGCCCGAACAUUGAGCACAAAGAGGGACAGGAACGCUGAGCCUCUGGUACCCGUCACGGUCACUGCAGAAGGAAGCCAGCAAGAGGACCGCCGCGGACGCAAGUCGAUAAGCUCAACCCGACCCGGCAUCCCCAAGCGAACCAGCAGUAUGAAGAGAGCGUACAACUACUUCUUUGGCGCGGGCGCUCCAGUGCCCGCUCCCGUUGCUCCUCCAGUCACCACCACUGAGGCUACACCACCAAGCAAAGAAGAUGUGAGGACCUACGACAAUGGCGUAGAUACUCCGCCUGAGACGCCCCGCGAGGCGCCCAGACGGUUAAGUGAAGACGAGGCCGCGAUCCCCCACUAUCCAAUCUCCCUCCAUGCAAGAGGUUCUCCACUAAAUACACUACUUCCGAGCAACAUACUGACCUACGGCUCUCCCCCAUCAGCAGACUCUCCAUCACCUCCUUCACCAGAUGAUUCUGACAGCCUCGAGACACAAAUCUCGAAGCUGAAGAAGAAGCUUGCCCGUGCCGAAAAUGACCUCGACGAGGCACAGCGCAUUGCCGCCACACAAGACGAGCAUGUGCGAAGUCUAGAGGAGGAUCACAAGGAGCGCGAAAAGGAGUUUGAGUCGCGUGAGCAGACGCUGCAACAAGACAAGAAGGAACUCGAGGAGCACAUGGUCAGCGUUGUUGUACAGCAAGUACGCGAAGCCAAGGCCAAGGAGAGGAACACGGUCCGCGAAGAGUGCGAGACCGAGUUCAAGGCGAAGAUUGCCGACGUGAACCAGGAGGUUGAGACCCUCCGUGCCACCGUUUCCGAUCUCGAGAAGUCCAUUGAGUCAUACAAGGCAGAGAUUGAGAAGCUCAAGGCUCAGAUUGAUAGCCAGCAGCCAGCCACCGCCACUUCCGAGCCUGUUGAUAACUCGGCAGAGCUUGAGGCCAAGGAGGCUGAGCUUGCUUCUGUCAAGGCACAGUUGGAGGAGGCGACUGCCGCAAAGAGCAGCUCUGAGAAGGAGCUUGCUGAGGCUCUCGCCACCAUCGAGGAGCUCAAGAGCAAGAAUGCCGACACUGUCGCCAAGUCUGAGCUCGAUGCUCUUGCUUCCGACCGGGACGCUCAGAAGACAAAGGUUGAGGAGCUUGCCGCCGAGGUCGCCGUCUUGAGGUCAGAGCUCUCUGGGCUGGAGGAGCUCAAGUCAAAGCACGCUGAACUCGAAGCUGCACACAGCAAGCUCUCCGACGAGCUUGCUACCCGUGGUAGCCAGGACGCUGAUGCAGAGAAGGCUUCCAAGGCCGAGGCUGAAGGUCUUCGCAGUACCAUUGCUGAACUACAGGCUUCUCUUAAGGAGGCCAAGGACACCCUUGACCAAAAGGCUUCUGACCUGGAGGCUAAGACCAAGGAGCACGCUGCUGCCACCGAGCAGGUUGCGUCUCUUACCGAAUCUUCCAAAACCGAGGUCGACAGCUUGAAGACUGAGAUUAGCGAUUUGCAGGAGAAGCUCAAGUCUGCCGACUUGUCCAAGGGUGACUCUGAGGAGCUUGCCGAGAAGGUCUCUGCUCUCGAGAAGUCGUUGAAGGAAGUACAAGACAGCCUGGCCGCUAAGACAUCCGAACUUGAGGCAUCAUCAUCUUCUCUUGCUUCCGAGAAGGAGGCUGCGGUCAAGGCUGCUGAGGAGGCCAAGACCAACGUCGACUCCCUCACUGCUAAGAUUGCCGAACUCGAGGCUUCUCUCAAGGAAGCUCAGGAAAGCCUUUCCGCAAAGGAUGCUGAGCUUGAGACCGCCAAGGGUGAUGCAUCCAAGGCUAUCGGUUCUGCCAAGGAGGAGGUUGCUGGACUUCAGAGCACCGUUAGCAAGCUCGAGGCUGAGAUUGAGAGUGCUAAGGGUUCUUCCGACGAGCAGACCGCCGCUGCCAAGAAGGAGGCUGAGGAGCUUCGCGAGAAGGUUGAGAAGCUCGAGGCUGAGCUGAAGGCUGCGAAGGAGGAGACUAGCAAGGCCUCCGAGGCUUCUGCCACAAAGGUCACCGAGCUUGAGGGUUCGUUGAAGGAAGCCCAGGACAGCCUUGCCGCCAAGGAGUCUGAGCUGACUGCAGCGAAGGAAGAGGCAAGCAAGGCCGUUGAGUCAUCCAAGGGCGAUGCUGAGGGUCUCCAAGAGACCGUCUCUGACCUCGAGGCCUCGCUCAAGGAGGCCAAGGAUAGCUUGGCUGCUAAGGAAUCUGAACUCGAAGCCGCCAAGGGCGAGACUACUAAGGCUACCGAGUCUUCGAGCGCAAAGAUUGCUGAGUUGGAAGCGAGCCUGAAGGAGGCCCAAGAGAACCUCACCGCUCAAAAGGCCGAGUUGGAGUCCAAGUCCGCUGAUGCUGGCAAGGUUGCUGAGUUGGAAAAGGAGCUUGCCUCUGCAAAGGCUGACCUUGAGGCUGCUACCGCUGCAAAGGACAAGGAAAUCGCUUCUGCAAAGGCCGACCUCGAGGCUGCUACGACCGCAAAGGCUGAUCUCGAGACUGCUGCCUCCAAGAAGGACGAGGAACUUGCUUCCGCCAAGGCUGAUCUUGAAGCUGCCAUCGCUGCAAAGGAUAAGGAAAUCGCUUCUGCCAAGGCCGACCUCGAAGCUGCCACCGCCGCAAAGGAAGAGACGGACGAGGCCACCAAGGCUACCGAAUCAACCAAGCAGGAGACUGAGAACCUUCGUACCACCAUCAGCGAGCUAGAAGCAUCCCUAAAGGAGAAGACUAGCCAGCUUGAGGCUAAGGAGGCUGAGCACUCGGAAUCCGUCAAGGCCGCCGAAUCCUCCAGCAACGACAAGAUUGCCGCACUUGAGAAGGAACUUGCUGAGGCCAAGGCUGAAGCCAGCAAGGUUGCCGACCUUGAGGCUAAGCUUGCUGCUAAGGAGUCGGAGCACUCCGAGGCUCUCGAGGCUGCACAGUCAUCUGGCAACGAAAAGGUCUCUUCUCUUGAGAAGGAUCUCGCCGCCGCGGAGAAGGCAAAGGAGGCUGUGGAGGAGGAGCUCAAGGCAUCUAAGCAGGCUGAGGCCGAGGCCAAGGAGAGCGCUGCAAAGGCCUCCGAAGGUUCUUCCAAGGCAGAGGCUCUUGAGACGGAGAUUGCCGACCUCAAGGCAUCUGCUGAGAAAUCGACUACCGAGAAGAAUGAGCUGGAAGAGAAGAUCAAGGCCAACGACACCAAGAUUGCUGAGCUCGAAUCUGCCGUUGAGGCUGCCAAGGCCAAGGAGUCUGAACUCACUGCCCUUCAGGCUAAGCUUGACGAUUCCACCAAGGCCUCUGAGACUGCCACCAAGGACCUCGAAGCCGCACAGGCUGAAGCUGCCGAUGCCAAGAAGUCCCUCGAAUCUGUCCAGGCCACCCUGAAGGAGAACGAGGAGAAGACCACUGCUCUGCAAUCCGACUCGGAAGCCCUGAAGAAGGAGCACGACGAAGUCAAGGCUGAGCUAGCAUCUGUCAAGGAGCAACUCGAGAAAGCAAAGGCCGCCCAGGAGGAGCUCAAGACCGCCAGUGCUGAGGUUGUCGAGAAGGCCGAGGCUAAGGAAGCUGAGCCCGUCAAGGAAGAGGCACCCGUUGCCGCUGAUGACCCCGCUACUGACGACAUCAAGGAGACUGAAGUCGAAGUACCCUCAGAACCCGGUUCCCCCAAGGAACCUGAAACUCCCUCGACACCUAACCCAGAUGAUAAGGACGACGAUGGCGAGGCGACUGGCGAACAGACACCCGGCGGCUCCAAGAAGAAGAAGAACAAGAAGAAGGGCAAGAAAUAA